CGUGGCUCUGGGGAAGACCGCGCUCCCACCGCUCAGUGAUGGCGGGCACGGGGCUGGUGGCCGGGGAGGUGGUGGUGGAUGCGCUGCCGUACUUCGACCAAGGCUACGAAGCGCCCGGCGUGCGGGAAGCGGCCGCGGCACUGGUGGAGGAGGAGACGCGCAGGUACCGGCCCACCAAGAACUACCUGAGCUACCUCGCUGCCCCAGACUACUCCGCCUUUGAGACCGACAUAAUGAGAAAUGAAUUUGAAAGACUGUCCGCACGGCAACCGAUUGAAUUGCUCAGUAUGAAACGAUAUGAGCUUCCAGCCCCUUCCUCGGGUCAGAAGAAUGAUGUCACCGCAUGGCAGGAGUGUGUCAGCAAUUCCAUGGCCCAGUUAGAACACCAGGCCGUCCGCAUCGAGAAUCUAGAGCUCAUGUCGCAGCAUGGCUGUAAUGCCUGGAAAGUAUACAAUGAAAACUUGGUUCAUAUGAUUGAGCAUGCACAGAAAGAGCUUCAGAAGUUAAGGAAACAUAUCCAAGAUUUAAACUGGCAGCGAAAGAACAUGCAGCUCACAGCUGGAUCUAAGCUGAGAGAGAUGGAGUCCAAUUGGGUAUCUCUGGUCAGUAAGAAUUAUGAGAUUGAACGGACUAUUGUGCAACUGGAAAAUGAAAUCUAUCAAAUUAAGCAGCAGCAUGGAGAGGCAAACAAAGAAAACAUCCGGCAAGACUUCUGAAAAGGGCCUGGGGUGUGGCCCAGGUGGUAGAGCACCUGCUUAGCAAGUGUAAGGCCCUGAGUUCAAACCCCAGCACUAUCACACACACACACACACACAGACUUGUGAAAAGGCUGAUUUGGUGGGUAGAAAGGAAAAGCAGUUGGGCUUUCACAUGUUGUCAGGCCCUGCUCUUUUUCUGACCUAUAGAAAUGGAGGGCUGCGGCUCUUGGGGCACUGGAUCAGACUGUUCACAGACCACAAAUGUUUGUGCCCCUGCAGUGAUUGUAUUUCUUAGUGAAAUAAAGAUUUUCAACCUGAUAGCAUUUUUAUAGUUAUAAAAAUGUAGGCUUUCAAAAUAAGGGACUAGAAUAAUUCUUAUAAUUAACUUUUAAUGACUUGGACUGUGUUGUAGUCAGGGUCCUUAAUUUAUGGCUUCCAGAAUAUACAAGAAGCUGGCAACUUUUGAUUUAUGAUUCUAAUAAAGAAGUAAUUCUGAACAUUA